GAGGCUGCUUGAAUGACGUUUGAGGGGUACGUCGUGCCCACUGAUUCUCUGGGGGCGGGGUUUGUGGGCGGGGUUUAGAAGUGAUAGCCUAUAUUGAGAGCCUGAACCGGCAGGGGCUAAAAUUUCUCUCAUCAGCUGAGUCUCUGCACACUGGCUGUAUCUCGCCUUCACUCUGCACCUGUCUGCCUGCCUGCCUGCCUGAGACCUGUCUCUUUCUCCGCUCCUGCUAACGUCCUCCAGGCGCCUUUCAAGCAAUAAGGAUGAAGAUCGAGAACAGCCUGCCUUGCCAGCAGCUCCCCGAGGUGCAUCCUCAAACUGGACUGCAGUUCACUGUGGCCACUGAGGAAGACUUUGAUGACAUCAUGGCCAUGAGCCAGGAUAUCUAUGGGGGCCUAGACUACCUUCCCACCCGCUACCAGUCUUGGCUGCAGGAGACCAACCGCACUGUCAUCCUGGCUCGCAAGCAAGGCAAAGUGAUUGCACUUGAGUCAGUGUGUGUUAUUGAUGAUGGCGAGACUAUGCUGGUGGAGGGGCUUCGUGUGGCCCCUCAGGAGAGGGGCAAGGGUGUGGCGGGUGUGCUGCUCCGUUUCUGCUCUCAGCUUGUGAAGUCCAAGUACCCUGACGUUAAAGUGAGUAGACUGACCAGAGAUGACCAAUUGGGACCUAAGGACUUCCAGAAGUACAGACUCAUCACAAAACAGGCAAUCCUCCUGGUCCGCUUCCGUGCAGAAGACUUAAAGCUACAUCUUACUGAUCUUGGGCUGAAUGUGGGCAUUACAGGAAAUGACCUGGCCCCUGCCAACAUUCCAGUGCGCUUGGAACACUCAGAGGUUCGCCAGCUCUUCUUGAGCAGCGGUUUGAUGCAGGAUGUCCUACCCAAUGCCACCAUUGUGCAGGACUGGCAGCCCUUCAAGCCUCUGCCCAGCAACAUGGCGAUCCUGCUGAAGAAGGACAUUGAUUGGAUGGUGGAUGACAUCAGCUGCCCAUCCAUGGCCAGCCUGUGCACCUUUCCCUUUCGUGUGCCCAUUGGCGACGACUGGUACUACCUCAACAUUGACAUGUUUGGAAAAGAUCUGGCUUUGGCUGUCCAGCAGCUCCUGUGCCACUUGAGACGCCACACCAAUACGCUGAAAGGUCAUGUGAUGUGCCAGGUGUUCCUGGACCCACCCCUGUGGAAGCCCAUGGCUGAGUUCUUCAAGGAGACCCUGAAAGUGGAGCUGGUAAAACAAUACACUGAGCAGUGCGUGGUAGAGUCUGACGUGUAGCAGCAGGAGGGAUGGACACAGCUAAGAACGAGGAUCUGAAGACACCCCUCUCCUCACAUCCAAACGCCAAACUACAGUAGAGACUGGAAGAGCUUUGACAUCUCUCAGAUGGUUUCUUUUCAUAUCUUGCCCCAGAACAAAACGUUAACCUUGUAGAUAAAACAACAAGCUGAGGACUAAAAUGUCCUUAUAGAUUAAUUGAAUACUUGAAGUCUCACAGUUAGUUUAAUAACGCCUCUCGUAAGGAUUCAAUUGCAAAAAAUGAAACAACAUGGUUAAAAAAACAGAUACAACUUCAUAUGCAACGGUUAGUUUGAAAGUUUAAGCUACAUAACUUAUUUCAGUAUGCAGUACAGUGUGUGUGGAUUUACACAUGCUGAGUUGCAAAGAAGACUGCACAACCUUUAAGGCACUUUAUAAUAAUCUAAAUGGAAUAUCUCGCUAUAGAUGGUGGGAUGGUUGCUUUAGAGACUAUUUUGUCUGAAUGUUGCACUGUAGCUGCCAAUGUUGAGGAUAACACAAAAUUUUAUUGCAUUCUUUCUUGCAGCAUACCCAGAAGGAAAUCUAGAAUACUUCGAAAACAUUGUGAUUAAAUGCAUACAGUUUGAAGUGAUUAGUAUUUCCUCAGGUUAAAUCAACGCUUAUCUCACGUUUUUAAAAAAAGAUACAGCUGUUGUUUCUGUUAGGUUAGUGAAACAUCUUCCCCGGACUUAUUUACUCGCUUCUGCUCCAGUGCUUUGAAAUUAAACGCACAGUAGUUGAUGUCAGUCAGAGAAAUUUGCUCAUAAUUACAGUCUUAAAUGCUUGCUUUAUUUUAUGCACUUGACCUUAUUUGCUAGUAUUGUUGUGGCAUCACCAUAUA